AUGGAUUUGGUCAUGAAAAAGGUCCAACGGUUUUUGUUCAUUGGAAGUGACGUACCGUUUAUUUUCCCCAUACCACAACCUUUGGAUGUGGAGUUGGGUAAGAAGAUUCUCAAGCCAUUGGUUAAUCCUUCGGAAGCAGAUGCAACAGAACUGGAAACACCCGACCCCAGUGAGACGCCACAGCUGAAAAACAAAAAAAUAAAAAAGACCAAUCCUAAGGUGACGGUGGAAGGCGAAAACGCAGAACAGGCGAUAAACAAUGAGCCAGAAACGCCGAAAGAUGAUACAGCUGCACCUAAAGCAACAUCGAAGGUCGUAGAACCGGUCAUCACUAAGCCAUUGCAUCCUUUGCUUGCUUUGAUUAAAUCGACAUUCAAGAGCAAAUCACUCCGCCGGACGGAUGAGUGUCUGUUUGCAUUGGCAUUUUGUGCACGAAAAUUUGCAACACCAGAGGAUCGUCACGCAGUGUAUGAACUGGUGUCGGAGCUGAUACGCACCUCUGACGAUAUGUUGUCCUUCAUUGCCCACUACAUUACGCUCGCGACACAAUCCGGGCACGCUGGGUUCGGUCACGGAAUGCGCAAAGCUAUCACGUGUUGGUACGAAAAAUUCAACCCCAUCGAGCUGGCGGAAAUGCUUGUACGAAGCAAUAGCACUGCCGGCUGGACGCACAAGGACGUGAUUGCGAAAGUGCACCCGAAGCUGAAGUGCACCGAAAAGCAGUCGCUUAUCGAUGCGGCCAUGAAGCGUACCAGCCAGUUGCAGCUGAAGAAGGCACCGGAGAAGAAGAUGAAACGCAAAGAUAAAAAGGAGAAUGCUGUCGUCCCAUCCGCGAAUCAGGCGAAACCUGUCGUGGUUAAUGCCACCAAAUCGUACAAACGCUACCAGACGCUGUUAGAAUUCAAGUCCGUUACGAAUCAAGCGAAAGCGUUGGAGCUGGUGAAGGUUCACGGUGGGAAAGGAAGAUUUGAUUUGCUUCAUAAACACCUGCGACGUUCUCCGAAAAUUUGGGAAGUGUUUUAUCCGUUCCUUAGCUACCGCGAGCUGCUGCAUGCAGCAUUACCCAUGCAGGACUUUCGGCUGUUAAAAGAGGGUGAAGCGAACGCUAAACUGUACGUGGAAAUGCUAACGAAGCGCAUGGACCUGCUUGAAGCAGAGCAUGUCCACCCGAUCGAGAUUCAGGAGAUUGCGCAGCUGUAUCAGCACGGAAAGCGUUACACGAGCCGUGUGAAGGAGUCCUUUCAUGCGAUGUACUUGCCGGAAAUGUGCCCACCAGUGAAGGAAGUCCAGGAAAGUCUAAAUGCAGCUCUUGAGUUAUCGCUUAACCAUCUUCCGAAGACAGGCGUUCGAUAUUAUAUCGCGCUCGAUUUGCGCUGUGUUUAUGAUCGAAAGAAAAUUUUUCGUAACGAGGUGAUCACCUGUUUCCAGGCUAGCGUGUUGCUAGCUUUCUCUAUCUUCAAGCGGGAGAAGAAUGUAACCGUUGUGGCGUUCACAGAUGAGGUGGAAACGCUAGCACCAGUGAAUUUCGAAUCGACCAUGACUCUGGAGCAAGCAAUGAAGCACUGUGUCGGUUUGAUGUUGCCAACCACCAAAGUAUCGCUCGCUGCCCCUAUCAAGCAAGCCGAAGCGAACAAGGUUAAGGUGGAUGUGUUUAUCACCAUCACGGAUUCGUUGAUACGUGUGAACCCGAACCAGUGUCCUCCGACCGCCGAGCUGCAAGAGUAUCGCAAAAAGUUGAAGCUGAAUCUAAGCCGAUACGUCGCGAUUUCACUUAGUCACCAUACCCCAUCGCUAGAGAUUCAGCCGUCCAGGGAUGCAGAUGGUUUGUUGGAAAUGGUCGGCUACAGCACCCACAAUGCGAAGAUCAUCGAUGCGUUCGCCAAAAAUCUGUUCUUUUAA